AUUCAUUCAAGCCUCCGUAUCUACAUCCGCACUACAUCCGGCAAUUCUCUUCUAUGUUGCACCUCACUGUUCUUCAGAGAAGAACGUAUUUUAAUGGUAACCGGGAAAACGUCACGGCCACUUUUUUAACAUGUCAGAGAAAUCAGAAGUGGAUUUAACUGGUGCUAAACAGAAUACUGGUGUAUGGCUGGUAAAGGUGCCCAAGUACCUGUCUCAACAGUGGGCGAAAGCGUCAGGCAGGGGCGAGGUUGGCAAGCUCCGAAUUGGCAAGAACCAAGGGAAAGCAGAGGUGUCUUUCACAUUGAACGAAGAGCUAACUGUGAUUGAUGGUAUCGACAAGACGGUGCGGGCACCUCGUGACCACCCCUUCACCAUGCAAAGUGUAGGGGGUCAGACGCUCGCCGUUUUCACAGAAUCCUCGUCAGAGCAGCCCAGGGGCCAGUUAGAAGAGAGAUCUGAUGGCAGCAGCUCAGUUGCAGGGGCGGGGGCAGGUCCAGACAAGAUAGCCCUGGAGGGGGUGGUGGUCCAGAGGGCAGAGUGCCGGCCUGCUGUCAGUGAGAACUACAUGAGGCUGAAGAGAAUGCAGAUCGAGGAGUCCUCCAAGCCUGUUAGGCUGUCCCAACAGUUGGACAAAGCUGUCACCAACAACUACAAACCGGUGGCCAAUCAUUCCUACAACCUGGAGUAUGACAGGAAGAAAAAGGAGGAGGGCAAGCGAGCACGUGCUGAUAAACAGCAGGUGUUGGAUAUACUGUUCUCCGCUUUUGAGAAGCACCAAUACUACAACAUCAAAGACCUGGUGGACAUCACCAAACAGCCUGUGAUUUACCUGAAGGAGAUCCUGCGUGACAUUGGCAUCUACAACGUCAAGGGAACUCACAAGAACACUUGGGAGCUGAGGCCAGAGUACCGCCACUACCAGGGGGAGGAGAAGACGGACGAGUAGCUCACCCACCAUGGGUGGAACUGGAGCUUGCUUCUGGUUGACCUACUCCAACCACCAGGGGACAACAGCGGAUGCCCCUCCACAAGCCUAUGAAAAGGGGGACAAUGUUUUUAAUGUUGAAGGGGUGCUUUUAGCAUAGUAAAACGCAUGUGUGUUUUACUGUUUUUAUGUAGUGUUGGAAAUGUAAACACUUACCCCACUGGGUAUAUUUUUAUGUAAAAGCUAACAACCAAGCUACACAUACAGAGCUAUGUGUUCAGGGUCCAUGGACCAGUCAGAUCCCAAUGCAUUCAUCGUUGCAAAGUAGGGAUUGUAUUGCUGACCAGUUGGAUUAGGUGUGGAUAAAACAUUUUAAAAAAUGAAUCCCAAUAUUUGAAAUAGAUUUGGCUACAAUACAUUUUAGAAAUUAACAGAAGGGUUUGUUCUGGUGGCUCUGCACACAUGAAACUUUUUUUUUUACCACACCCUUAAGGGAUAAUGAAGCUCCUGGAUUAAAGUCAACGUUUUAUGUAAUGACUACUGGAAUAAAAUCCAAAUUUUUUAAGUGGUUUUAUCAAGUUUACUUUGUUCAGCAGUGGUGAAAUUACCACCUGUCAAUUUACUCCUGAAGCAAAACUAGAUUUAACAAUCCAUAAUCUGUAUUGUGUAUCUAAUGUACAUUUCAAAAGGAAAAAUUGUUUCUCAAGCUGAAGACAUACAACUAUAAAUAUGCAAAACACGACAGCCAUUGACACUGACCAGUUCAGCAUAUCAACCUCAAAACUCCAGAGGAAGGGACAGGACAUGGGUAUGAGCAUAGAACAAAACAUUAAGUAUAUAUGUAUUGCUUUUAAACUAUUGUAUUGGUGUAAUCCACAAUAAUUUAUAGUAAAAGCAAGCACAACCAGAUGGUGUUUCAGCCUUAGGCCCGUUUAUUUAAUCCACAACUAGUGUCAAUGAGUCCUUUUGCGAUGAGGGGUAUAUGUGACUGUACAUCUGACAUACACCCCCCCCACAAGCUUGCGUGGUUAAGAGUCCAUCCAGCAGGGAAGGGUGGGAGGGGGCCCAGUUUACACUGAUGCUGCAGCCAUCAGUUUACCAACUGGACACAACGUCACGCCAGCCUCCAAGGGCCAAGCCAGGGAGACCGGCAGGGAAUUGAGGAGCGUGG